UGCUCAAAAGUAACAGCGUUUUCUGAACUCUAUUAAUACUAGGAAAACAAAACACAGAGACUGAAACACAGAGACUCUAACUGACUGAAUGACGGUCACUCUUCUCCAUGUGAUUCGCUCAGCUCGAACAACCUCCGGCUGAACGCUAACUGACUAAAUGACGCCUAACUGAACACUAGCUAACUGACUAACUUGGCUCAGACUGAAACUCAAAUGAUAGGGACUAGCCAGAGUUAUCUAACAAACAGCGCUGCGUUAGUUUUCAAAGUUGCAGCGGAUCAUCAGAAGAUCGGAUGAUUCAUGUAUGUACUUAUUUAUUUCACAGUUCCCGUGGCCUCCUAAGCUAAGAUAGUACUCAUCUUGCCACUUUCAAUCUUGAUGACGCAGAGAGGACUUCACGGCAUACGCAGACGUGUGCUUCAGCAACUUCGGCGACAGGGUGAAGUACUGGAGCACCAUCAACGAGCCCAACGUCGAGACGAUCGGUGGGUACGAUCAAGGAAUCCUGCCACCACGGCGAUGCUCGUCCCCCUUCAGCUUCGGCUGCGAGGAAGGCAACUCCACCAUGGAGCCAUACGUAGCGGCGCACCACCGCUUGCUUGUGCACGCGUGUACAGUGUCCCUGUACAGAGACAAGUACCAAGCUGAGCAAGGAGGACGGAUUGGACUGACCUUGCUUGGUUGGUGGUACGAUCCUAGGACUCAGACUCCCAACGAUGUCGCGGUAGCCGCAAGGAUGGACGAUUUCCACAUCGGAUGGUUCAUGCAUCCUAUGGUGUUCGGGGACUACCCUCCGGUGAUGAGGAAGAACGUCGGGUCCAGGCUGCCGACCUUCACGGACGAGGAGGCGGCGCGAGUGAGGGGGUCUUUCAACUUCGUCAGAUUCAACCACGCUCUAACGCGACCUCCAAGGAACUGGAUUGAAGCUGCUUGUCGCGUUGUCGGGCAAAGGUUUCGGCUGUGGCGGUGCUGGAGGGGGAUAGGGACGAGAGAAGACUCCGAAUUCGAGAUGGAAUAG